UCUCGGCAAUAGGGAUAGAGAACAAAACAAAAUCCCCGCCCACCUGGAGCUGAGAGUUGACUCUAGCAGAAGUGAUGGCCCACCAGAUUGCCUGGUAGAGGCAGAAGACUUUGAGAGAGAAGAAAACACUAAGAGCUCUACUCGGCUCCGCGACACUCGGGAGUGGGCUAAAGCGGAGGCCUGAGGGAGGGCGCAGGGCGACUCUGGGCAGCAUCCCUGGAUCGCAGCGAGGCCGCUCCAGGCAGCAGAAUCUGACCAGAGCAAGGAGGAAGGCCGGGGCAAGCAGGAGAGGCGCGGCAUCCCUAAGGAUUGACAGUGAGGAUUAAUAUUUGGAUUAUUUCAAGAUGAGCUUCCUAUUGCCCAAGCUGAGUAGCAAAAAGGAAGUAGACCAAGUGAUAAAAAGUACUGCAGAGAAGGUGUUGGUUCUCAGGUUUGGGAGAGAUGAGGAUCCUGUCUGUCUGCAGUUAGAUGACAUUCUUUCUAAGACCUCUUCUGACUUAGGUAAAAUGGCUGCUAUAUACCUGGUAGAUGUGGACCAAACUCCAGUUUAUACACAGUAUUUUGAUAUCAGUUAUAUUCCAUCUACUGUAUUUUUCUUCAAUGGGCAGCAUAUGAAAGUCGAUUAUGGAUCUCCAGACCACACUAAGUUUGUGGGAAGUUUCAAAACCAAACAAGACUUCAUAGAUUUGAUUGAAGUAAUCUAUCGAGGAGCAAUGAGGGGAAAACUUAUUGUCCAAAGUCCUAUUGAUCCCAAGAAUAUUCCCAAGUAUGACCUUCUUUAUCAAGACAUUUAGCGCAUUAACUGCUGUCAAAGAUGGAGAGAAAGGCACACCUUGAAACAGUACCUGAACCCAGCUGUGCUGUUUUCCUGGAGUUCUUCAGAAACGAGCUCAGUGUCCCAAUGGAGAAGAGGAUGGCUUGCAUGUAAAAUCUGCAGCCCCUGAGGAGAAGACCACAGUGGGACUCUGAUUGAACUGGAAUGCCUAAGUGUCUACUCCCUGCCAGCCUCAGAGCAGUCAGGUUAAUGGUGUUCAGUUUUCCCAGGACAAUUUUUUAAACUUCUCUUUUUAAGUGCUUUUCUUUAUCCCUUAAGAUAAAACAGAAUUCUCCCAAACAUGGCUGGUGCAGUUAGAUUUGACCAUGUUUAUUUGAGACACAAGUAAAAUGCAAAGUCAGUUCCCAUAGGAGCAAAAAUACUUUCUUCCCUAGAUGUGCACAUACACACCCUUCACCCAUUCCUUACUCAUAUAUCCUCAUGCUCUCCUACUUCCAGUCCUUUUUACCCCAGUUCCUCUGGGAAUAAUUGAUUCUUCACUUACAGCAGGCCAGUUUGUUUUAUUCUGGAGCCUUUCUGGCUCUGACUUUUAAAACACUAUCCUAGUUGGCUCAUUUAACUAGCUUUUAUGUUAUUGAAUUGAACAUAAAAAGUGAGAACUUGAACCUUCACCAUCCGGCACUCCAUGUAAGCGAAGCAAAGAAUGAACUCUCCUUGGUAAGCAGGAGCAGCUCUCUCCCAGAAGGUGCCGCCUCUUCCUGAGGCAGAAAAUAGUAUUUCUAGGGCCCCAAACUGAAAGAGAUGUCAUAAUUGCUAGAAAGAAAUGUCACCUUUAUGGGCUUUGCCUGUUUUAAUGACUUUGUGAGGAAUUCUUGCUUUUCCAGGGUCCCCUGGCACAACCUUGGGCAAGUUACUGCUCUUCUUCAAAUCUUGUGGCACCUAUUGGCAUUGACUUUCCAGAAUGAGAGCAUGGAUGCAGAGCUGCAGUGGGCCGGGCAGCUGGGCCCCCUUCAGGGCAGCACUGUCACUGCAAGUCCAGCCCCUUCUGCCAGGUGCUCUCCACGCCUCUUCUGAAGAGAGGCAUGCCACGAGAACUGGUUCUGGCUGGUCUAGCAUAGGGGAAGGCUGCUGGGCAGUGCUUGUGUCCUCCACUGAUAAAGGAGAGAGCCACCUCAGAAAUAAGACAAAACAAAAGGAAAGGAGAAGACCACCAAUUCUGUCUUCUCUCCCCACUUCCUGUUUUUUAUUUCAUUCCUGAUUUGUGGAGCUACAGUAGCCAUCUUAGAACCAUGUGGCGACCAGCAUCAGGAUGAAAAAUCAAUAUACUAAGAAGAAUGAUGAAAAGCCCCUGAUCCCUGCAGAUGUUACUGAGUGAACUCUAGGGCUGCCUCCCUCUAGACUUCUGUGAAGGAAUAAAAUAUCUUCAUUGCCUAA